AAACUUAGGAUACUAACAGGGCGCUCGCAGCGUCAGGGAAGCGGUGCCGUCCAAGGGCGCUUUCCCCUCGGCCCGUGGGGCGUGCAGGAAGACUGUGACUCGCGAUUUCGAGCUUCCUGAAGCGUUUCUUAACCGAGCAGGGCCGCAUUUCGCUCGAUAUUGAUACAAGACACGCCACAAACGUAGCUGCAUACAGCAAAUCCUCGCUUGCCCCACGGAGAAUGUCGCCAAGGCCACCCAGUACCGCGCCAGAGCCGCUGCCUUUCUGGCAGCGGCCCACGCCACCACGCUUCAUGCUUGUGUCCGACCUGGAUCACACAAUGGUCCAGAAUGAGGACCCGCGCCACACCCACCUGCUCGCCUUCAAUGCCGUGUGGCAGCUGGCGGCAGCCACACCCGCGCCACCACCCACGCCAACCACACCACCCACAGCUGCACUCAAAAGCAUCUCCACUGUUGCAGGUGCAGGCGCAGGUGCAGGCGCACCAACACCACCAGGCGCACGUGACACUGGCGACCCUGCCCACCCCCACCCGCACCCCCACCCGCACGGGGACUGCUUGCUGGUCUACUCCACUGGCCGCUCGCCGCACCUGUACCGCCGGCUGUGGGAGGAGGCGCCGCUGCUGACGCCGCACGUGCUCAUCUGCUCCGUGGGCUCAGAAAUAUUCUACCUCACACCACCGCCACCCAGCACCAGCGCCAGCACUGGCAGCACCAGCAGUGGCAGUGGCACGCACACAGGCGCCGACACCACCCAGCCGCAUUGGAGCUACCAGCCCGACCCGCAGUGGGAAGCAGCACUGGACGGCCCCGGCGGCGCCGCCGGCAGCAGCGGCGGCGGCAGUGGCGGCGCCGGCUGGGACCGCGGCCGAGUGGCGGCGCUGGUGGCGGCGCGCUGUCCGCAGCUGGUGCUGCAGCGGGCCAGCGAGCAGCGGCGGCACAAGGUCAGCUACACACUGGAGCUGGAGGCGGGAGGCGGCGGCGCGGCGGCGGCGGAGGGGCUCAUGGAGCGACUGCAGGAGGACCUGAGGGCGGAGGGACUCAACGCCAAGGUGGUGUACAGCGGCGGGCGGGAUGUGGACGUAUUGGCGGCGGGCUCGGGCAAGGGCGGCGCACUGGCACACCUGCUGCGGCGACUGGCGGGCGCGGGCGCGGCGCCCACAGCCGGCGUGCAGGUGAACGGCGACAGCGGCAAUGACGUGGAGUUGUUCCAGGUCCACAACCUCCUCACCAGCGGCGGCGGCGGCGGCGGCGGCGGCGGCGGCGGCGGCGGCGGCGGGUCGCCGUCUUCGUCAGGCGCUGCAGCUUGUGAGGCAGCGACGGCUGCGACUGCGGCGGCUGUGCCCAUCACGGGGUGUGUCGUGUCGAACGCCUACCCAGAACUGCGUGAGUGGGCGGCGGCGCAGCUGCGGGAGGCGCAGGCGGCGGAUGUGAAGGCAGCGGAGGCGGCGCGGGCGGCAGUGCCGGCAGCGGGGGCAGCGGGGGCAGCGGGGGCACAGGAGGUGGCAGCGCAGGGGGCUGAGGCGGAGGUCAGCGGGCAGGCGGCGGCGGCGGCGGCGGCGUCUGGCGCCAUCAAAGCGGUGGAGGGCGGCGGUGGUGGCAGCGUCAGGCACACGCAGGCGUGCCGCAUACACAUGGCCACACAGCCUUGUGCGGGCGGCAUCCUACAGGCCCUGUCCGCCUUCGGCCACCUGCCAGCCGCCACCGCCGCGGGCCUGCUGCCGCCGCCGCCUCCACGACCGUCCUCUUCGCCAUCUCCCGCACAGCCAGCCGUCCGCGGCUUGGCCGAGGAGCCCGCCGCCGCCGCCGCCGCCACCGCCGCCGCCGCUGCCGGUGCCUCUGUCAACAGUGCGGCUCAACCAGUGGCGGCGGCGCCGCCACCAUUGGCCAUGCUGGCGGCAGGGGCGGCGAUCUGGCACGGGGUCUGUCAUAUACACACAAGCAGUGGAAGUGGCGGCGGCAGUAGCACGGCUGCUGCUGCGGGCACCACCGGCACCGGCACCGGCAGUAGCAGCGAGGCGGCGGGGGUGGUGCUACUGCCGCAGCUGGUGAGGAAGCUGGUGGAGGCGGGGGUGUGGGUGGACCGGCUGCAGCUCGCCAGGGCGCCGGCGGCGGGGGCGCCGGCGGAGGUAGAGGAGGAGGCGAAGCCGGAGGCGGCGGAAGCAUGGGACAUCAGUUUCCAGAUGUUUGCCCUGCAGCGCACCUCUGGAAAUGAGGCUACAGCCGCCGCCGCCAGCAGCAGCAGUAGCAGCAGUACUGCCCAGCAGCUACAGCCCAUGGGUCCGAACCGGGAUCUGGGCUCGGGCCGCGAGCUCCGCAUGCGCGUCACUGCUACAGCCACCGCAGCCACUGCCGCUGCUACUGCUACAGCCACGGCGGAUCCUGGCGCUGCAGCGCCGUCGUCGUCGCCCUCAGGAGCGGAGGGCUCCGCCGCAGGCAGUAGCACCAUCCUUGUGGGGAUCGGCAGCAGCAGCGGCAGCAGCAGUAGUGGCAGUAGCUGUAGCACGGUGGCCCGGCGCUUCGAGGUGCGGGUGCUGGGGACGCGGCUGCUGGACGUGUCGCGGGCGGGCGAUGUGGCCCUGCCGCCGCUCGAGGCCUGAGCAGCCUGGGCUGGCCUGAGGGGCCUGAGUGGCGUGAGGUGGCCAUGCAUGCAGGCCACCUGAUGCAUGUGGUGGAAUCGGUGUGUGGAGACUAUGGCUGUGUGGUCACUAUUGGAUUCGUAUCGGUGCGCAGAGACAACGGAAAGGCGGCGACACGGUGCAUGUAGUGUGGGUUGACACACGAGGGUGUCUCCUCCCUCCCAAAAUGUAUCACCCAGGCGUGGGAGUGGGCGUGUGGCCUGCUGGCACGUCUGUGCCGCUUUGUUCAGCCGGUGGACAACUUGUUGCUAACAUGAUUGUUGCUGUUGCCAGUUGGACGUGUUGAUCUGGUGUUGAUGUUGCUGCAGCUAGCCGGGAAGGAGGAUGGUGACAUUACGAGAAUAAGAGUAGGAUCUCCUGCCCUGACGGCCUGACUCCUGAGAGAGGUGAACCGCCCUCUCACUAGUGGGUGCUCACGUAGUGCCGCGAGGCCGCCAGCGGAGAAGCGCGCAGCAGAGACAGGCAGGCAGGCAGAACACGUACCUGUCACA